AUGAACAGCGUCGGGGAGGGCUGCACCGACAUGAAGCGCGAGUACGAUCAGUGCUUUAAUCGCUGGUUUGCCGAGAAGUUCCUCAAGGGGGACAGCUCCGGGGACCCGUGCACCGACCUCUUCAAGCGCUACCAGCAGUGCGUCCAGAAAGCAAUAAAGGAGAAGGAGAUUCCCAUCGAAGGACUGGAGUUCAUGGGCCAUGGCAGAGACAAGCCUGAAAGCUCUUCUUGA